AUGAAUCAGGUCUCCAUUCAAUGGGAUGUGGUCAUAGCCCUUUAUAUCCUCUUCAGUUGGUGUCAUGGAGGUAUUACAAAUAUAAACUGUUCUGGCCAUGUCUGGGUAGAACCAGCUACAAUCUUUAAGAUGGGUAUGGAUAUCUCUAUAUAUUGCCGAACAAUUAAGAAUUGUCAACCAAGAAAAUUUUAUUUUUACAAAAAUGGCAUUAAAGAAAGAUCUCAAAGCACGAGGAUUAAUGCAACCACAGCCCAGCUUUGGUAUAAAAGCUUUGCGGAGCCACGGGCCUCUGUGCACUGCACUGCUGAGUGUCUGGGACAUUCUGGAGAGAAACUGAUAUGUGGAGAAGACAUUUCUUCCGGAUAUCCGCCAGAGGCUCCUGAGGACGUAACCUGUGUCAUUCAUGAAUAUUCAGACCACAUGACUUGUACUUGGAAUGCCGGGAAACUCACUCACAUAGCCACAAAGUAUGUGGUGCACGUGAAGAGUUUGGAGACAGGAGAACAACAACAAUAUCUCACCUCAAGCUUUAUUAACAUCUCCACUGAUUCAUUACAAAGUGGCAAGAAGUAUUUGGUUUGGGUCCAAGCUGCAAAUGCGCUAGGCAUGGAGGAAUCAAAACCACUGCAAAUUCACCUGGAUGAUAUAGUGAUACCUUCUGCAUCCAUCAUUUCCAGGGCUGAGAAUAUAAAUGCUACAGUGCCCAAGACCAUCAUUUAUUGGAAUAGUCGAACAACAAUUGAAAAGAUUUCCUGUGAAAUGAGAUACAAGGCUACAACAAACCAAACCUGGAAUGUUAGAAAAUUCAACACCAACUUUACAUAUGUGCAACAAUCAGAAUUCUGCCUGGAGCCAAACAUCACGUAUAUAUUUCAAGUGAGAUGUCAAGAAACAGGGAAAAAGUACUGGCAGCCCUGGAGUUCACCCUUCUUUCAUAAGACACCUAAAAAAGUUUCCCAGGUCAUGCCAGAAUCAGUCCACCACGAUACCCGGAACUCUGGCCUUCUACUUGCUUCCACCUUUAAAGAACACCACUUUAUUUCUGACAGCAGGCAAGACACUGGACUUCUCUUGGGAAUGAUCAUCCUUGCUGUGAUGCUGUCGAUUCUUUCUUUGAUUGGGAUAUUUAACAGAACACUCCGAACUGGAAUUAAAAGAAGAAUCUUAUUGCUAAUACCAAAGUGGCUUUAUGAAGACAUUCCUAAUAUGGAAAACAGUAAUGUUGUGAAAAUGCUGCAGGAAAAAAGUGAAUUUAUGAAUCAUAACCCCAGUGAACAAGUCCUAUAUGUGGAUCCCAUGAUUACAGAGAUAGGAGAAAUCCUUCUCCCAGAAGGACACAAGCCUACAGACUCUGAGAAGGAAAAGAAUACAGGCUCCCUGGAGACAAGAGACUGCCCGCAGAAGUCUCUGCCUGCCAGUUCUACACUCGUGUAUAUUCCUGACCUCCACACUGGAUAUAAGCCCCAGAUUUCACACUUUCUCAACAGCCAUGAUGAGAGAGACUCCUCAACUCUUGAAGCACCAGUGGAUGCCUUAGACCUGGGAAAGGACCCACGGUUAAAAAAAUACCCAGAUUUUGCUUUUUCUAUUUCCAGCAUGAAUUCACUGAGCAACACACUACUUCUUGAAGAAUUAAGCCUCAUUUUAAACCAAGGGGAAUGUAUCAUACACAACUCAGUAGAGGGAGGAGCCAGCACGCUUUUGGAAAAUGACGCACCCAAGGAGCCCAUUCCAGAACAGACCUUUCUGCCUGACGAAUUUGUCUCCUGUUUGGGGAUCAUGAAUGAGGAAUUGCCAUCUACUGAUUCUUACUUUCCGCAAAAUAUUUUGGAAAGCAACUUCAACAGGAUUUCACUCUUGGAAAAGUAG